CCCCACCCAGCUCCUUUCACAGACCCUCCCUUGCCAUGACCCACUCUCACCACCUCUACAACAGCACGCACACCGGGCGCUCCUCCACUUCCCAUGGGCGUUCCUCCCCCACUGCUCCUCCCAAAGGUCGCUUCUCCCCCACCCAGGGUCGCUCCUCCCCCACCCAGGGUCGCUCCUCCCCCACCCAGGGUCGCUUCUCCCCCACCCAGGGUCGCUCCUCCCCCACCCAGGGUCGCACCUCCACCAUCCAUAGAAGCUCAUCCCCCACCCCUCCUCCCCACUCCAUUGCAGGGCCCCCAUCCUACCGUGGUCCCCCUCCCAUCUCCUCCACCGCAGCCUCCUCUGGCCCCUUCCGGGGCUCUGCAGCCCUGACCUCCACCGCUCCCUGUACCACCACCACCACCACCACCGCCGCCACCACCACGAGGACCUCAGUCCAGCCCCACCAGGACAGGACACACCCAGCCCCCUCUGGUUCUACAGCGGCCGGCCGCAGGAUAGGGGAGCACCACCCUCACCCCACAGCUAAGGCAGGUGAGUCCCAGGAGAUGGUGGUGGACUCUGGGAUAGAGGAGCUGGACAGCCGCAGCAGCAGUGACCACCACCUGGACAACAUCCUGGCCAUGAGCGGAGGAGCCAGAGAGAGGCUAGAAGAGAGGCUGGAGAGAGGGAGGGAGGGAGGAGGAGGAGGGGAGGGAGACAGGGCGGGAGGAGCAGACCUCCUGGAGUCGUACAUGAGCUACCUGGACGGACAGACGUUUGAUAUGCACAACGCCACGGCGGCCGUCUCCACCUACCCCAAAUCAGGCAGGUUCAGGGAGGGGGGCCGCGCGGCCGAACUACGCAGAGAGACCAGUACCGCCCCGCCCUCCUUCCAGUCACACAGACGGAGGGAGGAUGAGGAAGAGGAGGAGGAGGGCGAGGAAGGAGAGGAGGAGGACGAUGGAGGACGGGAGGGUUAUGGGAUGACACAGAAUUUGGGGCGUCCCACGUCACCUUACUUUGACCGGCCCCGGACCCCUGAGAUGAAGCCUCUGUGGGGGUCAGAGGGUCAGUUAGUAGGGGACCAGGGGACAUACCUAGAGGGCCGGAGGCUGUACCCCCCCAUGUCCAGCAUGAAGGCCAGCAUCAUCAAUGAGCUCAGCAACAAACUGCAGCAGAGAGGGAGCCAGAGAUCGUUAAGUAGACACAGAAACAGGUUUUCAGAAGACUCCGCCUCGGCCCUGAGCCCCUCCUCAGUUCGUUCCCUGUCCCCCUCCCCUAUCCACCACUCCCAGCCCGCCCUGUCCCUGUCCCCCACCCCUUCCUCCCAGUACCCCAACUGGAACCGUCCCUCCUCCCCCCAGCCCCCUGUGGCUGCCGUACAGCCCCCUCCACGCUCCCACUCCCCCCUGUCCUCCCCCACCUACUCCCCUUAUCCCACCUCCCCUAAACACCGGCCUGUGUAUCGCACCAAAGCCCUGGAGUUCCAGUUUAUCCCAAGUAGAGAGUCCAGGAAGGCAGAGUCCCAUCACCUGCAGCGUAGGAGAGCCCCCAGUCCACUCAUCUCCCCCUCAGAGAGGCCCAAACUGGGUCCACCCCGCCCCUCCUCCCUCCCCCUCCUCCCCACCACACCCCUCUACAGCAGCCUCUACGAGCUCCGUGGCUCUAUGACCCCGCCCUCGCCCGCUAACCACAUGGGGGACCCCUACUUCUCCCCCUCCCCUCCUCUGUUCGCCCCCUCUGGCGCCCCUCCUCCCCCAAACGCCUCCCUGUUGGUGUCUCGCUCCCUCUCCCCCACCCACUUUCUAUCUGGUAGCUCAUCCCCUCCCCUGCACCCUCUCCCCGCUCCCCCAUGCCUGAGCUACCCCCACCUCCCUCCCCCGUCCCCCUCCAAGCCCUUUGCCUCCAAGCCACUGCCUUAUUGGACCAAAUACGACGUGGCUGAUUGGCUGGGAUACCUGAACCUGGGCGAGCACAGGGAGCAUUUCCUGGACAACGAGAUCGACGGCACUCACCUGCCCUCCCUCACCAAGGAGGACUAUCUGGACCUGGGUGUGACGCGCGUCGGACACCGCAUGAACAUUGAACGUGCUCUGAAGAGAGUGACUGACAGGCUCUCCAGCUCUCCUUUUCCCAUUUCUGCUCUGUCACCACGAGGAAGAAGGGAUGAUGGGAGUCGGAGCUGAGAAGACAAACAGAAAGAGAAAGGAGGGGGAUGGAGUCAGUGAGGGAACAGGAGAGAGAGAGAGGCCACAACUGCUGCUAUCCAUGAUGGAUUCACACAACAAAAGCAGAGGACCCGAUUUCACCCAGAGGGAGGACCAAUCAGGAAAAGAGAGGGGAAAUGAGGGAUGGAAAAAGGGCUGACCAAUGCCUGGUACUCAGGGCCUGGUAGCUGACUCGCACAGAUACACUCGCAUGCACACAAAUACAGUAACACACACAAGCACUGACUCUAAUGUCAACACACACACACAAACACUACGAGGAUGGAAUGACUGAAUGUAGAUUGAGGCAACAAAUAA